AUGAGGACCACCAAGUGCCAGCUGCUGGUGACCAGCCUCUGUGUCAUGCUGCUGGGGUUGUCCAUUGCCACACUGAGCACAGUCACCCACUACGGGCUCCAUUUCACCCUCAUCAGCGACAUCUCCCUGGAGAGCAACUCCUACAGGGUCAUCCACCACGCAGCUUUCUACUUUGGGAUCUGCCUCAGCAUGACCCUGAUCCUCGCAGCCCUGCUGAGCUCUGCCGCCACGGUGCGUGAAUCGCAGUGCCUCACCGCCAUG